AUGCAUGUAUUGUGGAGUACGGAGCUACUUGACUUUAAACGGCCGUCGGCAGUUGCUGUUAAUUCCACAUGGUUCAUCAUCCAGCAGCUUUUUGGAGUCGAUCUGGUAGUUCUAGUAGAUAUGGAUCCUGGGGGGAGUUCAUGCCGAAAAUCAGCCGCUGUAGGGUUGGACCCUCCUCCCGUCCCCCGGUCGCCACUGGGGCCAGCGGCCUCAGGCAAUCGAUUAACCAGAUGGGCGCGUGGGGAACCCCUUUCGUUUGUCGGGAUGAUGAUUCAUAGAAAAGUCAAACGACAAGUAGCCUCGUGGCGGAUCACAGAUACCUUUCGGCGUGUUCCGAUACUUGAGACACAGUUAAGUUCUCAUUCACCCACCAGAUCCGCCCUUCCCCAAAAAACAAGGAGAUCCGGCCAGGCAGACCCCUCGCCGCCGACCGCCACUCUCCCCCCAUCGACUCUUAAGCCCUGCGCUGGCCGUCAUCCCUCCCACCACCCGUCAAGACAUCUUCCUGCUCUCGUCUACCCAGCUGCCAUCGCUCGAGCAGGGUCCUCGCUGCAUCCAUCCUGA